AUGGAAAAUGAUUCUGAAUCUGAGAGAAUCAAAGGAAUAGGAAUUCCCAUUCACGGAGGGAAGUAUGUACGUUACAACAUUUUGGGCAACCAUUUCGAGGUCUACGCUAAGUACGCUCCUCCUCUUCAACCCGUUGGACGCGGCGCAUACGGCAUCGUUUGCUGUGCAACGAAUUCGGAGACCAAAGAAGGGGUUGCGAUUAAGAAGAUUGGGAAUGCCUUUGGCAAUAGGAUUGAUGCUAAAAGGACACUUCGAGAAAUCAAACUUCUUUGUCACAUGGAACAUGAUAACAUAAUUGAAAUUAAGGACAUAAUUCGGCCACCAGAUAGGGAAAAUUUCGAUGAUGUGUACAUUGUGUACGAAUUGAUGGAUACUGAUCUGCAUCAGAUUAUACAAUCUAACCAGGUUCUCACGAAUGAGCACUGCCAGUAUUUUCUAUAUCAACUCUUGCGAGGAUUGAAGUACGUACACUCUGCAAAUGUUUUGCACCGAGAUCUAAAACCGAGCAAUUUACUUCUCAAUGCAAACUGUGAUCUUAAAAUAUGUGACUUUGGGCUUGCCAGAACGACCUCUGAGACAGACGUUAUGACAGAAUAUGUUGUGACUCGUUGGUACAGAGCCCCUGAAUUGCUACUAAAUUGUUCAGAAUAUACUGCAGCUAUUGACAUAUGGUCGGUUGGUUGCAUUUUAAUGGAGAUAAUUAGAAGGGAGCCUUUAUUUCCCGGUAAAGAUUAUGUUCAGCAGUUGGCGCUUAUAACUGAGUUACUAGGUUCACCAAAUGACUCAGAUUUUGGAUUCAUCAGAAGUGAUAAUGCAAAGAAAUAUGUUAAGCAGCUCCCUCAUGUAGAAAAGCAGCCCUUUGCACAGAGGUUUCCUGACAUGUCCCUGUUGGCAAUUGAUCUUGCUGAGAAAAUGUUGGUUUUUGAUCCCUCCAAACGCAUAACUGUGGAGGAAGCGCUGAAUCACCCAUAUUUGUCAAGUCUUCAUGAGAUCAAUGAGGAGCCCACAUGCCAAACUCCUUUCGUCUUUGAUUUUGAACAGACAAUUCUGAACGAAGAAGAUAUAAAGGAGCUCAUAUGGAGGGAGUCUCUGAAAUUCAGCCAAGGUCAGAUGCUGGAAUAGCCUUGGCAAAAUGGUCUUUUUUCUUUUCAUUAGAUUCUAUGGAAUUUCAUAAUACAGGUUUGGAGUUGGGUUUCAAAGUGGUUUGGCUCUACAAAAUAUGUUAUAUAAAGAUUUUAUAGAGGUUUGGAGUUCCAAGAGAAAGAGGAGCAUGUGAUUCUGUAAUCUGCGGUCAGAGUGAUCAGGGAGAUAGGUUCUCCCAGCCCCGUUGUCCUGAGAGGGCAAGAUUUUUUCUUUUCCUGUUUUUAUUUGGGGAUUAUAGUACCCGUCGAUAGUAUUAGUGAUUGUUAUACAUAAAAGAGGGACAUAUGCCUCCAAGCCUGUCUUUGGCUUCGCAUUUGUAUAAAUCCAAAUAUAGUAGUAAUACAUUAGUUACUAAAGAAAAUCCACAACAUAGUUUUUUUUUGGGUGUU